CAGACUACAUCUCCCAUGGUGCCCUCCUCCAAGAGGCAGGCGGUCAUGCGGGUGGAAACAGCAGUGGGCAUCCGCUGCGCCGCGCGAGCGCAACACUCGGAGCGAAAGAUGCACGAAGCGGAGGACGGCGGCAGCGGCGGAGCCGCGAGCCCCUGCGCGGCCGCGCGCAUCGUGGCCGCCAAGUCCGCGGAUGUGGAUGCGGCGGCGGAGGUCGAGGGCGCGAAGGAGCGGGCCUCCAAGCUGUGCGGGUACUUGAACAAACUGUCCGGCAAGGGGCCUCUCAGGGGCUACAAGCCCAGAUGGUUCGUGUACGAUCCCAGGAAAUGUUACUUGUAUUACUUCAAGACUCCCCAAGACGCCUUGCCGCUCGGCCACAUCGAAAUCGGCGACGCGUGCUUCAGUUACGACGUGGAGGGGGAGGAGGGUCAGUUCGAGAUCCGCACCACCGGGAAGGAGUUUCUCAUGAAGGCCCCCACCAGGCAGGUGAUGCAUUUCUGGCUCCAGCAGUUGCAGCAGAAACGUUGGGAGUACAGCAACACGCGAGGCUCCGGUCAGAGAGACAGCUGGAGCUCGCCGACCCUGGCCUUCCCCCCCACGGGCCUCGUGGGCAAAGACAAUUAUGCACCCGUCUUUCCCAAGCAAAGUGACGGCAUGGAGAAGGUCCGUAGCGACUUUGCCAUGGAGACGGAGAGCGAUGGUGGGGGAAUGGUGGGGAUCCAGUCAGCCCGGGGGCCUUCUGCCACCAACCCCCUCAACUUCUCCCUCAAAAACUUCGGCACAGAACUCCGGAACUCCAUGUCUUAUCUGCGGCCGGGCAGAGGAGCUGAGAGCAGACGCAGCAUGUUUUACGCCAACAGCAACAGCAGCGCCGAGGAGUGGGAGCUGGUGGACACGCCGACCAAGGACUUCCCUGAACAACAGAAGCAUCACACGGACACACACAGGCAUUCCUUCGGGUCGGCGUUCCAUUUCGACUUUGCGCGCACCGCGUCGCGGCCCAAGAAGCCGUUGCUGCGCGACAUGAUGGCCUCCGGGAGGUUCGGCCGCAGCGCCGAGACGCGCAGCGCCGAGAGCCCCCCGGUGGAAUGCAACGGCAGCCGACCGUCGGACGUGGCGCUUCGCCUCCAGAGCCAACAGGAAGAACUCUGCCGCAUGCAGCGCGAGCAGGCCGACCUCCGGGGGGAGCUGGCCAGCCAGAAGGAGUUGGUGAGACUUUUGCAGCAGACUCUGAGGACCUCUCAGUGCGAUCGGCAGCCAGUUCCCCGUCCGGCUCCAGAUUCCUCCGCAGCUUCAGACCACACUCCAGGUUUGGCAGGAACCCAGCAGGAGAACGGCCAGCUGGAGGCUCUCCUUCAAGAAAGAGACGGACAGGUCCAGGACUUGUGUGGCCACAUGGAGCGGCUCGCCUUGGAGAAGGAGAGUCUGCAACAAGAGCUUAAGGGCCUGAAGAUAAAGGUGGGCGACAUAAACGAUCAACUGGGGAUGCUGAUGGAGACCAUCCAGGCCAAGGACGAAGUCAUCAUCAAGCUGUCGCAGGAGAGUUCGGAGCAGAGCGCCACUCAGAGCGACGGCUCCCCUUUACCCGUCAAAGAUCAGGAGGAGAUGGACAUCCUGAAGGACAGUCUUCAAGGCUACAAAUCCCAGAACAAGUUCCUGAACAAAGAGAUCCUGGAGUUGACAGUAUUACGCAGAAACGCAGAGAGUAGAGAAAAGGUUUUAGAAGCAAAGUGUACGGCCCUGGAGGCCAAGCUUUGCCAGGUGGAGAGUAAGUAUCUGGUACUGCUUCAGGAAUUGAAGAACCCCGUAUGCUCGUCUUCGGAACAGAGCCCCGCCCGAGAAGUCAUCUCCCGGUUGUUGGAGGACGCGCUGCAGGCAGAAAGCACCGACCAUCCAGACCACCCCAUCUUUAAGCCAAACACUGUCAGUGAGUACGACACGUUCGGCUUCAAGACGGUGCCCGAGGAGGAGGAGGAAGAGGAGAGGCUGGUUGCCAAGGUGAGAGCCCUGGAGCUGAAGUCCCUCUCCAUGACGGAUCAGGAGGUGUCCAUCGGCGUGAAGUGGGAGAACUAUCUGGCCAGCACCAUGAACAGAGACCUGGUGCGCUCCCCCGAGCUUAAGGCGCUGUUCCGCUACGGCGUGCCCCACGAGCACCGCUCCCAGGUGUGGCGCUGGUGUGUCUCCUUCCACGUCAAGAAGUUUCGGAACAACUUGGCUCCCGAUUACUAUGAGACCCUGCUGAACGUUGCGAGGGACAAGCCCAACCCGGCCUCCAAGCAGAUCGAGCUGGAUUUGCUGCGUACUUUGCCCAACAACAAGCACUAUUCCUCCCCGAGUGCAGACGGCAUCCAGAAACUCCGCAACGUCCUGAUGGCGUUCUCCUGGAGGAAUCCAGAUAUUGGCUACUGUCAGGGGCUAAACAGGCUGGCGGCCAUUGCCUUGCUCUAUCUGGAGCAAGAGGACGCCUUCUGGAGCCUUAUAGCCAUUGUGGAGGUCUUCAUGCCGAGAGAUUAUUACACCAAGACUCUGCUGGGCUCACAGGUGGACCAGCGUGUGUUCAAGGACCUGAUGUGCGAGAAGCUCCCCCGGCUUCACGCCCACUUUGAGCAGUACAAGGUGGACUUCUCCCUCAUCACUUUCAACUGGUUCCUGGUGGUGUUUGUGGACAGUGUGGUGAGCGACAUCCUCUUCAAGAUCUGGGAUUCCUUUCUGUACGAAGGUCCUAAGAUCAUAUUUCGCUUCGCCCUCGCUCUCUUCAAGUACAAAGAGGAAGAGUUUUUGAAGCUGGAGGACUCAACCGCCAUCUUUAAAUAUCUCCGAUACUUUACACGCACAAUCCUGGAUUCAAGGAAGCUGAUGAACAUCGCCUUUGGUGACAUGAACCCUUUCCCGAUGCGACAAAUUCAGAACCGCCGCUCCUUCCACCUGGAGAAGGUCCGCCUGGAGCUGACCGAGCUGGAGGCCAUCCGACAGACCUUCCUCCGGGAGAGAGAGACGAGUCAGGAGAGACGGAGCUUCGUCAGCGACGAUGAGGAGGAUAACUGACGUUAAGGAUGGCGCUCACGUGUUGCGGUUGUGAAGCGUUUUACACAUAAAAUGGUUCGAGUUAGUCGGAUAUCAGAGCGCGGCCGAUGGACUCUCUAUGCAGUUUUGAGUGAAACUGCGUCAGAACCUUAACUUUGAAAGCCAAAUGUGCCUUUUCUCAGUAUUCCUGCCAUUUAAAUGCUUUAUUUGUCGUAUGCUUGUGUGUACGUGUCUAAUGCACAGCUCUUCAACCUCCAAUGCCAGAGCACGUGUAAUUCUUUUAUACAUCACGGGUCAGACCAGAUGACUAGAGACGUUCCUGUUGAGAUAUUAAACAGGUUGUCAGUCUGUAUUUGAGUCUUUUUAAGGAGUAUCCCUCUCAAUAUGUUAUUUUAUUCUUCGGGUAAUUUCAUCACUUACUACUCCCAAACACACGUCUGAAAGCCUUGAACCGUUUUGCACCUUCAUCUGUCGUUAAAUUAACGAUAAAACUGUUUAACGACUACUGUGUUUGGUUAGGAGAAGGUUUCAAAUUGGCUUUGAAAUCCCAAACUAUAUGAAUGUAUCCAUUAUUUGGCUAUAGUAAGUAGUUCAAUCUGUGUAUUUUGAUCAAUUUGGCUUUGCUUGUUUUAGUAAUAUUCUGGAUUUCUUUAUUUUUGGGUUUGUUACAUGCUAAAAUGAUUUGAUUUCCCCUGACUGAAGCCUACUUUGCAAGAAACGCAGAAAAUGCACAAUGCUGGAUUACAUUUCAGAUGUAUUUGCAUUAAUUGUCCUCAGUGUGGCAGUGUAACAUUUGUCUUUCAAAGUGUUACCCAAACGUACUCUCAGCAUGUCAGUCGACAUUGUUCAGAAUAUAAAUCUAGCUUUUAAUAGACAAGGGAAGUGUUUCGGGAGCAUCUUUCCGUCAUCUAGGUACUUAUUGAAGACAUUUACUCUUAGCACUGUGAUGAAACCACGUUUAUAUACAGCAACUGUCAUUCGAAUGGUAAUCUGCAAGAGAGGAAGGUGGGGUUUUUUACGCAGCCCCUUCUCUUUUGUCGAUGUAUUGUUUACACUUUUUCUUUCCUAUAUCUUUGUAUUACUUGACCCUACUUGCUCUGGACGGAUUUUCCUGUGCUGUUCGCUGUGGACUACCUUUUCUUUGUUGGCCUUUGGCGUUCAGCUUGUGAACAAAUGGCCAAACCGGUUCUUUGCAAUGAUUGAAAUGUGAAUGGGAAAACCUUUUAGAAGAAGAGAUCCAAUGUGUUCGUUUUCAUGAGAGCAGGUCUUUCAUGAGACCCGACUUCAGUCAGUUCAGGAUGGAAAGAUGUCUGAGGACGAGUCACUUUGUCCGAGGGCUCAUGCAGCAGGUUUGCUCAUAUUUUCUUGUUGGAGUAAGCUAUGUUUAAUGUUAUCACCUAUUCUUUUUAUCUCUCUUUAGCCUUUCCCUGCAAUGUAUUGCACACGUGUAACUCCCAAGAUGACAUCAGAAUAUCAUUGGCCACUUUUUUUUUGUAAACGUCUAUGAUAUCUUGUUAAUCUGUAUCACUUAUAGAAACGUUUUCAUGUUACAGAAUGUUGUAUAUGCCAAUGUACGCUUUGGCAAAGACAUGUGCAGGUGUUGAUGAGAAAUAAAAAGCCCCCGCUCGCUGUAA